AUGUCAAGCAACUUCUCCGAAAUACCCGUCUUGGACCUUAGUCUAGCAAACGAUCCAUCCACGAAACCACAGCUUCUGAAAGAGCUUAGAGAUGUUCUGUUACACGUGGGUUUCCUAUACGUGAAGAAUCAUGGAGUGCCUACGAAUGUCGUGGAUAGCCUUGUGCAAACGCUUCCAGGUCUGUUUGGAAUUUCAAACGAAGAAAAGAUCUCAAUAGCACUAGAAAACUCACCACAUUUCCUGGGUUACAGUGGACUGGGAGCUGAAAUUACUGCUCAGGUGAGAGAUCAGAGAGAACAAUUUGAAUUUGCGACGGAUUUGGAGCCAACAUGGACUGAAGGAGAUCCAUUUUAUAGGAAACUCAUCGGACCAAAUCAGGUGAAUAUUACGUGCGUGACUUUAUACAAGUGUCUAAUAUCACCACAGUGGCCUCCAUCACUUCCCUUGAUCCGUCCUGUUAUUGAAAAAUAUAUGCAGUCACUAUUCGAGCUCUCAACAAGGUUUCUUACACUUGUCGCAGAAGCACUAAAUAUUUCCCCAUCAUCGCUUCACUCCUUUCUUUCAUCCCAACAUCGCUUGAAAGUCGUUCAUUAUAGUCCUAUUACUUCAUCUGAUAACAAUCAGGGCGUUGGGCCUCAUAAAGAUUCAUCGGGAUGGUGGACAUUCCUCCUCCAAGCUUCCCCGCCUCAUGUUCGUGGCCUCCAAGUCAUGAAUCGCUCAGGAAGAUGGAUUGACGUCCCAAAUAUCCCUAGUACGUUUGUUGUAAAUAUCGGUCAAGCUUUCGAAGUCGCUACUAAUGGAUUAUGUCCGGCUACAACACACCGGGUGCUAUCUAGCGAGUAUGAUAGAUAUAGCAUCCCAUUUUUCCAAGGCGUGCGUGGUGAUGCUACUAAAAAGGAUUUUGAGGCUUUAUGGCCGCAAUUUGAAGGGUGCGGAGAGAAAGAACCCAAAGAGGGCAAAAAUAUUGAUUCUCCAUUCUUAAGCGGAAAGUAUGAUACCUGGGGAGAAUCUCAAUUGAGGACGAAAAUCAGGAGUCACCCAGAAGCAGGGAAACAGUUCUAUGCCGCGGUGUACAAAAAGUAUAUUGAUGAGCAAUAG